UUUCACGUUGUCUCUGGUCUGGCAGUAAUUGGUAGUGGACGGACUUGACUGAUGUCAUCAUCGUUAUUUCCUAAUAAAGUUUGUACUGUGGUGAAUGUUUAUUUAAUUAUAAAGUGCAGGCAUUGGCAUAAGAUUCCAAUCUAUCUGUAUUCCUAAUUAGUGAUUUCUAUCCAAGUGCGCAGUGUUCAAGGACAUGCGGUAUAAGAUUCGUCAAUGAACACUGUGUUUGAGAUAUAGUGAGAAACUUUUAGCAGUACCAUGUCAGGUACGGAGCAAAAUAUAGUGAACUCAAUGCAACAAUUGUCUGUUCAGCCAAGUCAUAGUGGUCAUACCGAGAAACCCACGCAGGUGGUCACCCCCGCAGUGAACAGAAGUCAGCUGUCUUCAACUCCGAAGGUUACACCCGUUAAGGUGAACACAGUGUCACCAGCUAUUGCUACAAUCGACAGACUUCUGAGCUUGGGAGGAAACACCCCUCCACCCCCGCCAGUUCUAACCCGCACGUCAGACAUGGACCCCCACACUGUCGAACAGCUGCGGGCUGUUAAGGAACUGCUCACUGCUCAAGAGGAAGAAGCACAAAACCUCAGAGAUCUCAAUCGGGAAUUAAGAGAUCGUCUCGAGGAGUGUGAGACCAAAGUCAAAAAGCUCUCAGAACAAAAUGAAGAAUAUGCUGAAAAAGAAAAGGCUCUCUCGCAGCGUGUUGCGGAAAAAGUUAAAAAUAACAAACAGAUGAGUGUAGUCAUGGAGGAGUAUGAAAGAACCAUCUCAUCCCUUAUAGGGGAACGAGAAGCUGAAGCCAAGAGAUGGGCGGAGGAACGAGUCACACUAGUUCGGGAACGAGACGAAGCUGCAUCACAUCUGGCAUCCAUGGAACAUGCCUUUAAUGAUGUUCACACAAAAUAUGAGAGAUGUAAAGUCAUCAUACAAGGCUACAAAGGCAAUGAGGAGGCUUUGAAAAGGUCUGUAGAAGAAAACAAUGAUGCGAUACAGAAAUUAGAAGCAAGGUAUGAGACUUUGCGUCAACAUGCCAUGCAGCAGCUAAACAAGGCCAAUGCUGAGCUUGAUUCAGUCAAAAAGACUCACCAGGCUGAUAUAUUGAAGCUGAAUGCCAUGUUGAAGAAGAGUGAAGUACAUGCUUCCUCCCUGCAGGAGUCCCUCGCUCAGAAGAUCAAAGACAAUGAGGAGUUGACGGCCAUCUGUGAUGAACUCAUCAACAAGGUCGGAUAAAUACUUACUAAUCUUGUAAGCCACAUUUUCAUUUCACUAACCUGCAUUUAAUAUAUGUGCAUUUUCAACAAAUGCUUCAUGAAGUUAAUUGUAAUAAUUAAGUAAAUGCUUAGCUAUAACUUUAAUGUGCGCCAGUGCUGUUACCAUUUCUUCAUUGUGUGUAAAUUGUAAAUAAUUCUGUGCAAUUAAUUGAGGUUUUGUCCCUUUAUAUUUUUGUACAUUUUUUAUAAUUUUAUACUUAAGUUUUAAUUUGUUUUGACAUUGAAUAUAAAUUUCAUAAAUUCAUUUAAUUUUCGAAGGCUUCUUUAUAAUUUUGUAAUUCAGUAUUGUGUUUAUAUUUUUCUGUAAUUUUAUUAACAUAAGUAAUGAAACUGGUAAACUGAUGAGACUUAUUAUUUUAUGUUCUGAUUGUAAAAUAGUUUAUCCAAAGAUAAAGUAAAAGUGGUAAAGGUUUGGUAAAAAACAAGAUUGAUUAUUUUGUAGUAACAUAACAUUAAUACCUGCCAUAUUUUAUUUGAAUGUUGUUUGUAUUAGUAUUAUUUUAUAAUGAAGUAUAAUGUAUCCAUAAUAAUGUAGAGUUAAAUUAAACAUCGAAAAACUAACUCAAUUGGCUAUAUCAAGCCAGCAAUCGGGAGCUCUGAGAGGCAGAUAGUUGCUUGUCUAGUCUACUAAUAGAACAUGUAAUAGAUUCAAGCUAUAGAUACAGCCUACAUGUUUUUUAUGCCUCAUUUUGCAUCAGUAAUAAGAGAACUUGAUUGAAGCCUCUUUUCUAAUUUGUGCUUAAGAGGGAAAAGGGGACAACCGCAUCUCCAUACGUUUGUAGUCCCCAUUUUCCUCUCUGGAUAUUGAUAUUAUGGAAAAUAUAUUUAUAUAAUUUAAUGUAUAUUUACCAUAGGUAUGCCUCUAUGUUAGACUUUUUUCGAUUUUUUGAGUAUUGUAAAAAUUAGGAGCGAAAACAUUUCAGUUUAAAUGCUCCUAACCCUUAUAAUAAUGAAAAAAAGUCAAACAUAGGGCAUAGCUGUAGUUGCUAUACAACAAACUGUGUCAAAAUAAUUUUCAAUAAUGUUAAUAUGCAGAUAGGAAAAUGAGGACCAUGUUUGUAUGAAAAGGUGAUUUCGCGCGGGUCCUCCACUUAUGUCUUAAUUGUGAACUAUAAAACCACCCAACAUAUAGUCCAACAGCUUCCAACUAUGGUCCAAAAUUUAUUCAAAUAUCUUCAUUUAGGUGUGAUUAUUAUACUAUGAAUUUUCUCAAAUGAUUUUUAGGCAGACCCUAACCGGUUAAACAAAAGCCAUUGUUUAUUUUGUGCUAGCGGUCGGUUUUCGUGUAAGGGACUUGUAAAAGCAACAAUGCCGUUUAAAAAGCAACUUUAUCGUGAUAGUAUUAAGAUUCAAAUCUAUGUACAGCUCUGGUAAUGUACGACGAUCGACCACCUCAAUGUAGGCGAGCGCUUAUAUUAUUACAUAGAUUUGAAUCUUUAAUACUAUCAUGAUACGGUUGCUUUCUAAAGGACAUUGUUAGUUUGCCACAUGGCUAAUCUUCUGGGUCUUAGGCGUAAAAAUCAUUUCAGAAAAUCUAUACUAUACAUGAAUGUCGUAAUUGUAUGGCAAAAUAUGUUGAUAAAUGAAAGAAAAAAUUCGGACUAAACUAAAAAGAACACCGGUAUUUAAACUUAAUUACGUUUUGAACACGUGGACCAUAGUUAUAGCACUGGUCUGUAGUUUGGUAGUUUUAGGGAAAUAAUUAAUUAAGAAUUUACAGUGUAUGUACUUUUUUCGGUAAAGUAAGUAGAAUGUGCAAUACUCCUGCAAGGAUAUCAAAUGAGACAAUACAGAACUCAUUCGGAUUGUAAAAAAAAAAACUAUAACUUAAUGUUAGCUGAAUUAGGCCUAGUAGUAGGGUUUAUAACCCACUUCCUAUCUAGGUUUAAUACUUGAUACACUAUGUACAUCAAUUUCAGCUAUUCAUGAAUAUUUCUUGUAUAGUUUAUGCCAUAAGUUAUUUAUUUAUUUACAGGAAGCUGAUUAAAUGUACAUUGUGCCUUUGAAAUCUUCUCCACAUCCGGUCCAUUAUGAGAAAUAUGAUUGAGAUUCAUAACAUGAUAAGUAGUUUGUAACUUGUAUAUUUUAAUGUAUUUAGAAGCUCAUUCAUUGUUGAGCGGUUGCGUUGUUUUAUCUUAUUGAGAUGUUCACUGAGAAUAGGGGCAUUAGCUCACAAAGUUCACACUGCGUUGUGUACAAUGGCAAAUUAUAAUAUGAGAUAAAACCAUAUUUCCUAACUUAAGAUCGCUGAACAAUAGUUACGUAGCGUACUGAGCGUGAAGCGUAGAUAGCGUGUGUUGUAGUGUAUCAAUUCAUAUUUAAGAGACGUCACACUGCAUCGCACGCACGAACCACGCGAGCGGUGACGUCUUUUAUGAACAUCUACAUAAAUUACACAAGUGCAGGUACAGUCGUGCUCGGUGGUCACAAAUAUCUAAGCACAAUGCUAUUAUCAAGGUUUUGUUGAGUUAAAGUUCAGAUAUUUCGGAACACGUGUAUUAUGCAAUUUUAUUUAUGGUGAAUGUCCCUUUUCUCAAGAACAACACUAUUUGUAAGAAUAGUUAAGGGUUUUUGAAACCUAUUUGUGUCAAGUAUUUAAAGUUUGGGCUUCUAUGUAAGCCACGAGCACUAUAUCACACAUAAUGUGAGUUACACACAAUACUUAAAAAAAAAAAACUGUUUUCAACAAGAAAUGUGAUAGUAUUAAAAUUUAACCCACUACUAACUUAAAACAUGUUCGACAUUCCACAGUGUUUUAAGAUUGGGAUAACUUUAUAAUUAAAACUCAUAUUAAUCAUACUCAUAUUCAUCCUCAAUGUUUCCAUUUUGUAUUACGCAUUGUCAACUAAUUCUUUGGAAAAGAAGGAUCAGCACAUCCUUUAAAUACCUGAAAUUAGGUGCCGUCACGUGGGAUAACUGGGGACAGGAGGGGUAACAUUAGACAAUAGAAAUAUUCCCCAAUUAUAUGUACGUGGCUGAUAGCAGUGUACAAUCUUUAAAUCAGGAUUCCCCAAGGGCACAUUUUUCAACUAGCUGGAUUAGUUCAUAGUCAAAAAUAUUGUCCAUAGUCCCCAGUUACCUCACUUGACGGCACCUAAUUCCAUUACAGGAGAUUCAGUUCAAUAUUUCGUCGUGCAUAACGACUGCUAUGUGAAUUCUAAACGAUAGUUCUUAUGCAACUUGUGCAAUAAGAUUAUACUAAUAUUAAUAUUAUUAGUAUUAAUUUACUGCACAUAAAAUAAAACUUGAAUUAUGUUCAAUAAAUUCUUUCACGCAAACUUCACUCUAAUAAAUAAUAGCAUGGCUAUGGUUUCUAAAGUAAUUACUUUUCCUAAUAGAAUAAUAAUAUAAAGCGGUAUACAUACAGCAUAUAUACCUAACUUAGCUAAUUUCAAUAGACACAAGUACACAUUUGAAAAACUACUACCAAACUACGGUUUAUCUCGUUUAAAUUAGAACCUCUUACUUUUUGUAAUCGGUUAAAAACGUAGCCACGUCACCGUCAGCGCCAUCCGAAUAAAUAACUCCGCCGUGUUUGAUAGCACAGAGCGUGGAAGACUCGGAAGUGUUAUUUUAAACGUCAUCAUUUCAUAGAAAUUUGACGUUUAUGAUAACACUUCCACACCCUGUGUUAUCAAACACGGUGCAGUUAGCUUAGACGGAAUCUACGAAUUGAUUGACACCUUAUCCACCGAAAUCGGCUCAGUAAUUUUGACGCUAGGGUGGAACACAUGUUACCAACAUUAUAUAUGUCGGCGGCCGAUCGUAAAAGCAUGCAGAUCCUGAAAUUCUUAGGCAUAUCGUGCAACGUGAAAAUCUUUGUCUCGUACCCUGAGUUUUUCUGGACAGUUUGCCUUUCGGGUAUCUGAAGCGACAAGCAACCUAACGAACCUAUCCUCCUCCCUACCUAUUAUACUUUAACUGACUAUUACCGUCAAACAUUACACAGCCAUCACGAUCUGCCUGAUCGGCCGCCGACAUAUAGACAGCAAAAAGCAACCAUUUCUGUAGUUGAAUAAAAGUAGAGAACAUUUCCUUAUAUAGGGCCUUAGGCCAUCGAUCAGGGGGCCUACCGCGAAAAACCAAAUUCGCAUAUUUGCGGGAUCUUUCUAUUUUAGAUACUCUCACUAAGCCGUAAUUAGAGUGACAGAGAAAAAUGCCCGCAAUUGACGAACUCCGAUUUUCGCGGUUAUAGCCCUGCUGUACCGCAGUGUUAUACUCACUUAUAAAUUGUAACUCUUUUGCUGCUUUAGCCAUUGUUCCAAAAUGGCAACUUGUGGAUAACGUCAUUUUGCCUAGUUAAGUAUAAUUUUGUAAUCAUUAUAUUUAUAUAUUUUUAUAAUACCUAUGCGUAAUUUAUCAUGAUAAUUUACUUGCAAUUUAUUCAUAUGAAUAGAACGAAAUAAAUCAAUUCCAUAUUUGUAA